UCGUCUCAUUUGAAAAAGAUUCCACGUUGCCAACGGAUCUGUCGACGGAAUGGGGCGAGAUGUCACGAACGGGCCUCCGAAGCUGGAGAGGAGGAGCUCGAAGGAGUCUCUGGCGAAGAAAUUUGAGGCCAAGAAGAAGCUGAGCCCCAGAAAUCCACUGAAGGAGCUCAACAGUGGCUCCGUUCCUCCUCCUUUUGGCUCCGCCGAGGCUCCCAAAGGGGGUUGCUUCAGGUUCUUGCUCCCCAACUCCUCUGCUAAGGAGCCGCUUGCCCGAUCCAAGCCGCGUCCAAGAACUCCCCGAUCGGCGCCUUCCAAUCCCAGAAACGACGCCACCAAUCCCAGGAACCUCACAAACCCUUCCAGGUACCGGACCCAAAAGAAUGAAUCAAAAUCCAGUCCUGGUGUCCCCAAGCAGCUCGGAUCGAGUAAACCCUCGAAACCGAGAACCCCAGACCUCCUCCAGCUCUGGAACAAGAGAAGACCUGCCUCCAACGAACAAAACCCCGACUCAAAAUUCGAUCUUGAAGAGGGUUCGGAGGGAAAGGUAGGUUCUCGUUUGGCUUCGACUCCUGAGAAAACACUUCAGGGUUUUGAUGCUCAUGUCGUCUUGGAGGCAGCGAAGGAAGUGGAACAAAUGAUAACUCUCACACCGACUUCGGCCACCACACCUCCCGUUCAAGCGUCCAUUUCGCCCGAGGUCCCCGUGGAUGCUUCUGCGGUGGCUGCCACACCUGCUUGUUUUGCCGCAGGCCAUGUGAUCGCCAGAGUGCACGACCGGAGGAAAUGCCGGCCGAGAGGCAUACUGACUAUCGGCGGAUGUGGAUUGGACAUCGAAGAUGUUAAUGUUGGGGGUACCGAUCCAACUCGGGUCUCUGCAAUACCUCCUCCUCUUGCGGUGGCAUCUAUACGUUGGCUGUCUUCACCCUCAGAGAAGGUUAACUCCGAUCUUGGUAGCAGUGUUAGUUCUAGCUCGAAAGUUCAUAUGGUGCAUCGCCCUGCUGAAGCUUCCGUGGAUUGGCUUCUUCCCACUUGUGAAGGUGGAGACAGCAUGCCCAGAGAUGAGUUCUCAUUGCAGACUAGAACUUCACUUGAUCAUGGAUUUUGGGGGUUCUCUCCUAAUAAUUCAAACAUGGUGAACUCACCUGACCUCAGGGGGUUGUUGGAUUUCAAGCCUCCAGGUCUAGAAGCAACACCAUCAUCUGGUAUUGGAAUUCAGAAAACCCCUACUACUGGUGGUAGUAUUAGUCCUUUCUCUAUGAUCUUAGAAAGGAUUGCAAAGACAUCUAAAAGCAAACUUCUUAGGCCUCAACAAGAGAGGGGAGCACACCGUUAUGGUUCUGCAUUGGAGAGCUCAACAUUUUCUGGCAACUCUUGGAUUGAAGGCCAUGCUAUCUGCACCCCAUCAUCUUCCUCGAGCUCAACAAAGAAAUUAAAUUUGUCUGACUUGAAGAUUGACAAAAUGGCAGAAGCUAUCGAGAACAUCAGCUGGUCACCAAAGCCAGUAAGCAACGAGACAAGUUGUCAAGUGCCAUCAACCAAGCUCAAUUUCCAGUUUGGAUGCCUGGCAACCCCAUCAAACUCUGUUGAUCUAAAUCGUUUUCAAAAUCCAUCAUGUGACAGAAACUCUGCAGUGAAAAAUAUUUGUGCUAAAGAACAGGUAUUUCCAAGUUCUCAGACAAGGAUAUCAUGGAGAGAAGGACUGGUGAGUAGGAUCUUUGAGAUGGGUGAACUGGAUGGCAGUCAGUGGCUAUCAGAUGAUGAGGAUAACUUCAAUCACCAUGAAGAAGACAGAGCAGGACCAAUUGCCAAUCUUAAGUUUGAACCCAGAAGUAGCAGCUCCAUUCUAAAGAAUCAAAAUGAACAGAUUGCAACAGCUGGUUUUGGGUCUAUUGAGUUCGUGUUUGAUGCGGAAAAGGUUGAAGCAAAAGUUCCUCCAGAAGGACCGACCUCAUGUGCCGAAUCCAUUAGCAUAGAGGGACUUGUGUUGGAUUCUUCUGGUGAUUCUGAUUGGAAAUUUUUCUAUAAAAACCACUUAUUUGAAGUGUGAGAUGCUUUGCUUUUCUCGCUCAUGUCUCCAACACCAUGUAUUGAUAGAAUAUUAGAUCAAGCUUUUAAAUGUCCAGAACUAUCUUAAAUUUUUA